GUCAAAAUACAGAAAUAAAAGGGGUUUCGCGGGGAAACGGACAAUUCACCUUCCUUCUUUGCGAAGCAUGGCGACACCGGUAUGCAAUUGAAACGUGGUGGCGUUAUUUGUUUCAGAGUUGAUUUGUUUGGUGCUUAUGUUGGAUUUGAAGAUGGAUGUGGAGGAAGUUAGACAUAAACUAAGCGAUGUAUGUAAGUGUAAUGAAUUGAAAUUGAGGUGUGAAAGAGCUGAAAAGAAAUGUGAAGAGUUAGAAUUGACGAUUCAGACAAAGAAGAUUGAGUGUGAAUUACUUCAAGGCCAAUUGAAGAAUUUGGAGUCAGAAAAGUCAGCAAUUGAAGAAGAGCUAGCUGUUCGGAUGGAGAAGGGUCGUGAACCGGGGCAGCAGGUUAGUUGUGCUGGAGAUGGAAAGCCAAUUUGUUUUGAGGAUGGAAACAAAGGAGCUAUGAAUUUAAUUGGUAAGACUGAUGAGGAAAAUGAGGUUGUUCAGCUUCUAAUUGAGAAUAAUGUUUUGGCUGUUGAGAAGAAGAAGGCUGAAAGUGAAGCUGAGAUGUGGAAAGAUAAGUUCAAAAAAUUGGAGACUAAGAUCUCGAAGUUGGAUGAAAGUUUUGUUCUCGAAGAUGACGGGCCAGUGCUUUCUGGGAGGCUUGAAGGGGAAACUGGAUCACCCUUGAGUCCCGAAGCUCAUGUUUUGGAUUGCGUGGCCUCUAACCGUCAUUCCCUCUGUAAAGAUAUUAGAGACUUGCAAGCAGGAACACCUCCAAAUGGUUCACCACACCAUCAUACUGUUUCCCUUGAGAGAGGGAAGAAAUUCCGUUGUAUAGAAUUUUAUUUCAAGCAUGGAAAUCAAGUUAGAAAACAGUUGAAUUUUGAAGAAGAGAGCCCCAUAAAAAAGAUGGCACCAUUAACUCCAGCUGUUUCCAGACCUUUACAUGGUAUCAUUAACAUUGACGAUAGUGAUGAUCCGACUAUUGCCAAAUCGCCCUCUAUCUGUGUUUCAGCAGCUCAAGAUUUAAGUGGAUGUGGAUGUACUAGUUCUGAGGAGAAAAUAAGCAAUGAAAACAAAUUGAGUGGUACCAAAAAUGUGGAAAUUAUGGAAGCUUUUAGUGGUGAUUUCAUCUUUAAUUCUACACCCAAAAGGAAACGGGCUUCUAAUAUUAUAACGAGCGACACUGAAACUGAUGAUGAUGAUAAUGUUCCAAUCUGCAAAUUGAAGAGAAUGCCAAUUCAGAAAACAAACCAUACACAAGUAAGCUUAGAAUUGAAUGAUGGCCCUGCUGCUACUACUUCUGCAUGUGACAAAGUUGUGGAUAGUGCAACCCCUGCAAGGCGGCGUUUAGUAUCAUUAAGACAUUGCUACGAGAAAGAAAGUGGAAAGAAAUACCCUUCAAGCCAGAUCAUUAAUAUCGAUAAUGGAAUGAAGGAUGCUGAAGAUGAACUGGAAGAUACUGUUUCAGAGCAAGAUUCUGAGAGUGAAAGCUUGGAUCGAUUUAUUGUUGACAGCUCCGAUGCUUCAGAUGUUGGAAGCGCUCAGUCAGAAGAUUUAUCAAAUUGCAGUGAAGGGUAUGAAGAGAUAAUAUCUAAGCUAGGGAGGAGAAAAAAGGAGUUGAAAUGGGAGUAUGAGGCUGAUAUGCUCGCAGCUUUUGGUAAGGAUCCUGAAUUGUGUAUGAAGGCUGUGUGUGCUCUUUAUCGACAGCAAACUUCUGAGGAAAAAGUUAGUAAAGAAUCAUUAUUUUCUAACAAGAGAGGAUUCAGCAAGUUUGAUGCUAUCAAGGGCACUAGGUUGGCUGAGUUCCUCACGGACGGCGAUCCGCAAGGCAAUCUCAACAAAUCUGUUAGAGAGUUGGAGGAGUAUGACCCAAAUGCCAUUAACCUCUGCAGAAAGUUAGCAACGCAUUACUCCAAGCAGUUGUUCGAGAUAUAUGGAAAUAAAGAAGAUCCUUUCUUUCUACCAGCAUGACAUGAUCUCAUUGAUUCCACCGGCUAAACAAAUGCAUAUGUAAGAUUCAAAACCCUCUGCUUGAAGCAGCUCCAAAAAAUGGUUAUUUAGUUGGAAAAUAGCGUAGAUUAUGAUUAUGUUGGAUACUUGUUAAGAGGAAAGCUAUAUUGAUAGACCACCACCUGUGAAUCUCAUCUUAAGUUUUGUGUAUAUAGGAUGAUUAUAUAUUUCUAUCGACUAUCUUGGACAGGUCUACGUUGUAAUUCUGUACCCUUUAUGGCAAUAUGUUACAAAGAAAAUUGAGGCCUGUUUUGGAGCAUCGUAAAUAA